GAGGAGCCUGGGCGCGGGCCGCCGGGCGGAGCCCCUAACUCCCACAGCGUGGAGCUCCUGACCACGCCCUCGCAAGUUCUAUUACGUACUUUCACCUCCUGACCUUUGAGGACGGAGAAUUCGGGAGCUUGAGGAAAAUCAUUUUCCAUUCUCAGCUAUGAAGGAAAAAGAUGGUCCUCUGCGACCGCGGCAACACCUCUAAGUCUUACUUUCUCACUCCUGUCUUCAAAUUCUGUAUCUUCUCCCUUUUGUUUCUCCUCUCUUGGGGGUUUGCCAAGGAUUGACUGCAGUUCUGGACAAAGUUUCUUCUGUAGGUUUGAGUCAACACCUGUCACCCAUCUUGGUAAUAACAGGUUGGAUCCCUAAAGCUGCGGGGAGAAAGAUCAGGAAAACUUCAGGAAGAAACUGCAUCAGAUAUGGCAGAAGUGAAGCCAAUGUUCCAGGAAGUUCUUCCAAAACAAGGGCAGUUGUCUGUGGAAGAUAUAACCACAAUGGUGCUGUGUAAACCCAAACUUUUACCCUUAAAAUCUCUGACUCUGGAAAAACUGGAGAAAAUGCAGCAAGCAGCACAGGAUGCAAUUCGCCAACAAGAAAUGGCAGAAAAGGAACAACAACAAGUAACUCAGUGAAUGAUAACUUAGGACUUCUGCAGAACACCCUACCAUACUUACUGUUAACAAUAACUAGAAAAUAAUCUGCAUCAGUAUGCUGAAAGCAGUAUGUGUUAAUACAGCAGAUAGUAUUCAUAUAAAUAAUAUAAAAAUACUCAAGACUAAUAAAACUUGUGCUGUGAAUUUAAACACUCUGAUUUGUAUUGGACAUAAGCAAUUAAAAAAUUGAUCAAGUCCUACUGUAUAGCACAGAGAACUGUAUUAACUGUAUUCAAUAGCUUGUAAUAACCUAUAAUGAAAAAGAAUACAUUUUUAAACAUAUAACUGAAUCACUAUGCUGUACACCAGAAACUAACACAACAUUUUAAAUCAACUACAAUUUUUUAAAAAUAGUCAUCCUAAUAUAAAUAAAUAAAUGUUUUUAAAACUGUGAACCCAGAUUUUUGGUUUGUUUUUUUUAACCCAAGUUUAGAACUACAAAUUAUUGUUCACCAUUCCUACUGUUAUCAGUUUUGUAGAUAACAUUUUACACACGUGACUCAAUGUAGUUUUUAUAGUCAGAAUCCUUUAUAUGUUUAUUAAAAACUGAUUUUGAAGUUACAUCCUAAUGUUACAUAAAGUGUGUAUAGUGGGCUUUUACACUACCUCAUUUUUUUUCUUUUCAUUUUUCUUUUUUUUAAUUGAAGUAUAGUUGAUUUACAAUGUGGUAGUUUCAGGUGUAUAGCAAAGUGAUUCAAUUAUAUACAUAUAUAUAAAUACUCAUUUUCAGAUUCUUUCCCAUUAUAGGUUAUUACAAGCUAUUGAACAUAGUUCCCUCUGCUACACAGUAGGUCCUUCUUUCAUCUGUUUUACAUGUAGUAGUGUGUAUCUGUUCAUCCCAAACUCCUAAUUUAUCCCUUUCCCAGUGUUCCCCUUUGGUAACCAUAAAUUUGUUUUCUAUGUCUAUGAAUCUGUUUCUGUUUUGUAAGUAAGUUCCUUUGUAUCACUUUUUUAGAUUCCACAUAUAAGUGAUAUAUGAUAUUUGUCUUUUCCCUGACUUCACUUUUUGUGAUAAUUUUUGGGUCCAUCCAUGUUGCUGCAAAUGGCAUUAGUUCAUUGUUUUUCAUGGCUGAGUAAUAUUCCAUUGUGUAUAUAUACACCACAACUUCUUUAUCUAUUCAUCUGUCAAUAGACAUUUAAGUUGCUUCCAUGUCUUGGCUGUUGUAAAUAGUGCUGCUGUGAACAUUGGAGUGCACAUAUCUUUUUGAAUUAGAGUUUUAUCUUUUCUGGAUAUAUACCCAGGAGUGACAUUGCUGGAUCAUCUGGUAAGACUAUUUUUAGUUAUUUAAGGAACCUCUAUACUGUUUUCCCUAAUGGCUGAACCAAUUUGUAUUCCCUCCAACAGUGUAGGAGGGUUCCCUUUCUUCCACACCCUCUCCAGCAUUUAUUAUUUAUAGAUUUUUGACAAUCGCCAUUCUGACCAAUAUGAGGUGAUACUUCAUUGUAGUUUUGAUUUGCCAUUUCCCUUAUAAUUAGCAAUGUUGACUUUCUGUAUGUCUUUGGAGAAAUGUCUGUUGAGGUCUUCUGCCUAUUUUUUGAUUGGGUUGUUUGAUUUUUUGAUACUGAGCUGUAUUAGCUGUUUAUAUAUUUUGAAAAUUAAUCCCUAAUCAGUUGCAUCAUUUGGCAGUAUUUUCUCCCAUUUCACUUUGUUUAUGGCUUUCUUUGUCAUUCAAAAGCUUUUCACUUUAAUUAGGUCCUAUUUGUUUACUUUUGCUAUUAUUUCCAUUACGGUAGGCAAUGGAUCCCAAAAAAUAUUGCUGCAAUUUAUGUCCAAGAGUAUUCUGCCUAUGUGUUCCUCUAGGAGUUUUAUAGUAUCCAAUCUUACAUUUAGGUCUUCAAUCCAUUUUGAGUUUAUUUUUGUAUAUGGUGUUAGAGAAUGUUCUAAUUUUGUUCUUUUACAUGUAGCUGUCCAGUUUUCCCAGCAUCACUUAUUGAAAACUGAAACUGAAAACUGACAAAAACUAUCUUUUUUCAGUUGUAUAUUCUUGCCUCCUUUGUUAUAGAUUAAUUGACCAUAAAUGCAUGGGUUUAUUUCUGGUCUUUCUAUCCUGUUCCAUUGAUCUGUGUGUCUUUUUGUGCCAGUAUGAUACAGAUUUGAUUAUUGUAGUUUUUGUAGUAUAGCCUAAAGUCAGGGAGUGUGAUUCCUCCAGCUCCAUUCUUCUUUCUCAAGACUGUUUUUGCUAUUGGGGGCUAUUUGCUAUUUAUGUUUCCAUACAAAUUUUAACAUUUUUUGUUCUAGUUCUGUUCUAGUUUUGUUCUAGUUUCUAGUGGAAAAUGCUGUUGGUAAUGUGAUAGGGGUUGCACUGAAUCUGUAUAUUGCCUUGGGUAGUAUCAUCAUUUUAACAAUAUUGAUAAUUCCAAUCCAAGAAUAUGUCAUAUCUUUCCAUCUGUUCAUGUCAUCUUCAAUUUCUUUCAUCAGGGUCUUACAGUUUUCAGAAUACAGGUUUUUUGCCUCCUUAGGUAGGUUUAUUCCUAGGUAUUUUAUCCUUUUUGAUGCAUUUGUAAAUGGGAUUGUUUCCUUAAUUUCUCUUUCUGAUAUUUCAUAGUCAAUGUACAGAAAUGCGACAGAUUUAUUUAUGUUAAUUUUGUACACUGCAACUUUACCAGAUUCAUUGAUGAGCUCUAGUAGUUUUCUGGUGUCAUCUCUAGGAUCUUCUAUGUAUAGUAUCAUGUUAUCUGCAAACAAUGAUAGUUUUACUUCUUAUUUUCCAGUUUGGAUUCCUUUUAUUUCUGUUUUGUCUCUGAUUGCUGUGGCUAGGACUUGCAAAACUAUGUUGAAUAAAUGUGGUGAGAGUGGGCAUCCUUGUCUUGUUCCUAAUCUUAGAGGAAAUGCUUUCACUUUUUCACCACUGAGUAUGAUGUUAGCUGUGUUAUAUGGCCUUUGUUAUGUUGAGAUAUGUUCCCUCUUUUCCCACUUUCUGGAGAGUUUCUAUCAUAAAUGGAUGUUGAAUUUUAUCAAAAGCUUUUUCUGCAUCUAUUGAGAUAAUCAUAUGGUUUUUAUUCUUCUGUUUGUUAAUGUGGUGUAUCAUAUUGAUUAAUUUGCAAAUAUUGAAAAACCCUUGCAUCUUUGGGAUAAAUCCCACUUGAUCAUGGUGUGUGAUCCUUUUAAUGUUAUUGUUAAAUUUGAUUUGCUAGUAUUUUGUUGAAGACUUACACGUCUGUGUUCAUCAGUGUUACUGGCUUGUAAUUUUCUCUUUCUGUGAUAUCUUUGUCUGGUUUUGGUAACAGGGUGAUAGUGGCCUCAUAGAAUGAGUUUUGAAGUGUUCCUUCCUCUGCAAUUUUUUGGAAUCAUUUCAGAAGUGUAGGAGUUAACUCUUCUCUAAAUGUUUGGUAGAAUUCACCUGUGAAGCCUUCUGGUCCUGGACUUUUGUUUAUUGAAAAUUUUUAAACUACUGAUUCAAUUUCAUUACAGUAAUUGGUCUGUUCAUAUUUUCUAUUUCUUCCUGGUCCAGUCUGAGCAAAUUGUAAACCAUUUCUAAAAAAUGGUUCAUUUCCUCUAGGUUGUCCUUUUUGUUAGCAUAUAGUUGCUCAUAGUAGCCUUUUAUGAUCCCUUGUAUUCCUGUAGUGUUGGUUGUAACUUCUCUUUUUUCGCUUCUGAUUUUAUUAAUUUGGGCCCUCUCCCUUUUUUUCUUGAUGAGUCUGAAGGUUUAUCGGUGUUGUUUAUCUUUUCAAAGAACCAGCUUUUAGUUUCAUUGAUCCUUUUUCUUUCUCUCUCUCUAAGUCUCUAUAUUCUUUAUUUCUGCUCUGAUAUUUAUUAUUUCUUUCUAUAUUCUUUAUUUCUGCUCUGAUAUUUAUUAUUUCUUUCCUUCUACUAACUUUGGGUUUUGUUCUUAUUUCUCUGGUUUAAGGCUAGGUUGUUCAUUUGAGAUUUUUCUUGUUUCCUGAGGUAAGCUUGUAUCCCUAUAAACUUCCCUCUUAAAACUGCUUUUGCUACAUCCCGUAGGUUUUGGAUCAUCAUGUUUUCAUUUUCAUUUGUCUCUAGGUAUUUUUUUUAUUUCUUCUUUGAUUUCUUCAGUGAUCCAUCGAUUGUUUAGUAGCAUAUUGUUUAGCCUCCACAUGUUUGCUGUUUUUGCAGGUUUUUUCCUUGUAAUUGAUUUCUAAUCUCAUAGUGUUCUGGUCAUUAAAGGUGCUUGAUGUGAUUUGAGUUUUCUUAAAUUUAAUGAGGCUUGCUUUAGGGCCAGAAUAUCAUCUAUUCUGGAGAAAGUUCUAUGUGCAUUUGAGAAGAAUGUGUGUAUUCUGCUGCUUUCAGAUAGAAUGCUCUAUAAAUAUCAAUUAAGUCCAUCAGGUCUAAUGUGUCAUUUGAGACCUGUGUUUUCUUAUUGAUUUCCUGUCUGGAUGAUCUGUCCAUUGAUGUGAGUGGGGUGUUUUGGUCCUCCACUAUUAUUGUGUUGCUGUCAAUUUCCCUUUUUAUGUAUGUUAACAGUUGCCUUAUAUAUUGAGGUGCUCCUAUGUUGGGUGCAUAUAUAUUUACAAUUGUUACAUCUUCUUGGAUUGAUCCCUUGAGCAUCAUGUAGUGUCCUUCUUUGUCUCUUGUAACAGUCUUUAUUUUAAAGUCUGUUUUGUCUGAUAUAAGUAUUGCUACUCUAGCUUUCUUUUGGUUUCCAUUUGCAUGGAACAUCUUUUUCCAUCCCCUCACUUUCAGCAUGUAUGUAUCUCUAGCUCUGAAGUGGGUCUCUUAUAGACAGCAUGUAUACAGGUCUUAUUUUUGUAUCCAUUCAGCCAGUCUGUGUCUUUCGGUUGGAGCAUUUAAUCCAUUGUUUAAAGUAAUUAUCGAUAUGUAUGUUCUUAUUACCAUUUUGUUAAUUGUUUUGGAUUUUUUUUUUUGUAGGCCUUUUUUUCUCUUUGUUCUUGUCUCUUGUGGUUUGAUGACUAUAGAACGCUACAUUUAGAUUCUUUUCUUUUUUGUAUGUGUAUCUGUUAUAGAUUUUUGGUUUGUGGUUACCAUGAGGUUUUGGUAUAGAAGUCUUUCUAUAUACAUGAUUAUUUUGUGACUGAUCUCUUAAUUUCAAAUGCAUUUUAGAAACCCUGCAUUUGUACCCUUCUCCCCUCACGAUUACUGUUUUUAAUCUCAUAUUUUACAUCUAAUUGUUUUGUGUAUCCUUUAACUGCUUCUUGUAAAUAUGAAUGAUUUUACUACUUUUGUCUUUCAACUUCUCUAUUUGUGUGUGGGUGAUUUCCUACCUUUUCUGUAUAUUUGCCAUUCCUGGUAAGCUUUCCCAUUUUGUCAUUUUCUUGUUUCUAGUUGUGGCCUUUUCUUUUCUACCUAGAGAAAUUCCUCUCACAUUUGUUGUAAAGUUGGUUUGGUGGUGCUGAAUUCUUUUAGCUUUUGCUUAUCUGUGAAGCUUUUGAUUUCUCCAGCAAAUCUGAAUGUGAGCCUUGCGGGUAUUCUUAGUUGUAGAUUUUUCCCCUUCAUCACUUUAUAGCAUGCCACUCCCUCUGGCCUUCAAAGUUUCUGCUGGAAAAUCAGCUGGUAGCCUUAAGGGGGUUCCUUUGUAUGUUAUUUGUUGUUUUCUCUGUUGCUUUUAGUAUUCCCUCUUGACCUUUAAUUUUGAUUACAAUGUGCCUUGGUGCAUUCCUCUUUGGGUUAGUCCUGAAUGGGACUCUCUGCACUUCCUGAACUUGAGUGACUAUUCUCUUUCCCAGGUUAAGGAAUUUUCAGCUAUUAUGUCUUCAAAUAUUUUUCUUGGGCCCUUUCUGUCUUUUCCUUCUGGGACCUUUAUAAUUCACAUGUUAGUGCACUUGAUGUUGUCCUGGAGGGACACUGCCCUCAUUUCUUUUCAUUCUUUUUUCUUUUUUUGGUUCACAACAGUAAUUUCCACUACUCUGCUUCCCAGCUACUGAUCUGUUCUUCUGUAUCAUGUAGUCUGCUGUUGAUUGCUUCUAGUGUAUUUUUCAUUUCAGUUAUUUUAUUCAUCUCUGUUCUUCAUAUUUUUUCCACUUUGUUAAACAAACAUCUUAACUUUUUGCUCUGUGCAUUCAUUCUCCUCCUUAGUUCUUUGAUCAUCUUUACAAAUCAUUAUUCUGAACUCUUUCUCAAGUAGAUUACCUGUCUCUGCCUCCCUUAAUUCUUGUGUGUUUAUCUUGUCCCUUCAUCUGGAACAUAUUCCUCUGCCAUCUCAUUUUUGUCUAAGUUGCUAUUUGUAUUUUUUAUGUAUGUGAUAGAUGAGUCACUUUUCUCAACCUUGGGGAAGUGGCUCUCUGUAGGAGACAUCGUGUGCAACCCAGCAGUGUGCUCCCCUCUUGUCACCCAAGCUAUAUGCUCUGUGGGUCCCCCUUAGAGAGCUGUGUGGGUCCUGUUGUGGUAGGUGGUCUGGUAGACUUGGCCCUGAGUCUGCUUGUUUGCCAGGUCCUGCCUUAUGCAGACCUGGUCACAACAUGGCUGGUUGUGGAACCCUAGGGGGCCCUGGGCUAAUCUGGUUCACUGGUGGGCAGUCAGGGUCCCAAAGACUCUGCGGCUGUUGCCCACCCACUAGGAGGUGAAGCCAGAUCCUGGAGGGGAUAGUGUUGGACUACUGCCAGCAUGCAGAGCUGGUCCCUGGGUCUGGCUGUAGGGCCCAGGGAUCCCAGAGCUUGUUUCACAUCAUUGGUGGCAGGGGCAGUUCCUUACAGUUGGGUAUGGGGUCUGUGGUACAUGAAGGUUGCAGUGGCCUUCCCACUACCCAGCAGGUCCCAGGGUAGUGUCUGGCCCACGUUGCAGGAUUGUAGUUUUCUUGCUCAUGGUGUCUGCCCCCAGUGGGUGAGGAUGGUCUAGAGGCUUAUGCAGGCUUCCUGCCAGGGAUGCAGGUGCUUGCUCACUGGUGGGUAGAGCUGGGUCUUGGUGCUCUGCUGGGCAGGGCCAUGCCUGGGGGUGGCUGGGGGCUCAGGAAGUCUUUAGGCAGCCUGUCUGCUGAUGGGUGGGGCUGUGUCCCUGCCCCGUUGUUUGGCCUGAGUCUGUAUGUCAGCCUCCAAGAGUGUCCACACUGUUGAAUGAUCCCUAAUGUCUGCCACCGGUGUUUAUGUCCCCAGGGUGAGCUGCAACCACUCUCCUACCGUCCCUCCCCCUCUCCAGAAGACUCCAAGACCAAUAGGUAGGUCUGGACCAGGCUCCUAUCAAAUUCUGGUUUUGCCCUGAGUCUCAGAGCAUACGCGAUUUUGUGAGCACCCUUUAAGAGUGAAGUCUUUAUUUCCCCCAGUCCUGUCAGACUCCUACAGUUAAGACCCACUUCUUAAGAAAUAGUUUUGUCAUUAACUAGUAUGAUCAUUGUACUUUUGAUUUAAAAGUUCACAAGAAACAAAGUUUAAAUUCACUAGGUUCAAAUAUGCUCCCUUACAUGAUUUAAAUUUGCUAUGUGAAAUAAGUUUUUUGAAAGAUCUAAAAUAAAUGUACUCCCAAUAAAGAAUCAA